UUCGUACAUAAGAGCCAUUGUGGGGGUCUAUCCGAGAUGCAGUUUGAAGAAAAGCCUUUCGAAAUUUCUAUCCAGCAGCCAUUAAUCGUUUACAGUUCGAAUCAAGAGGUUCAAAAAAUAAGAUAGCAUUAAGAAUGUAUUUCCACAUCUGCAUCGUCGUCCUAUCGGUUCUAGCAUCACCCGUUUGGUCAUUUAGUGAAGGAGCUUCAAAUGAUGAACAAACAUGCAAAACCUUGCUGCCCAACCACUUUGCACCCGAACAGACCUCAUCGACUCCUUAUAAAAUAACCUUAUCAAGUACGGAAAUAAAGCCCAAGGAGACUAUCGACGUUGUAUUAAAAGGUCAAACCGAGGACAUCCUAUUCAAAGGUUUCAUGAUUCAAGCGCGACUAGAUGAAAUCCCUGUUGGACAAUUUAACAUAGAGCCCACAUCAGAAUAUGCUCAAUUGAGGACAUGCUUGAAUGAGGGGGAUACCGCAAGUCAUAGAAAGAUUAAGGGACAAGGAAUCAAUGAAGUCAGCUUCAAAUGGACAGCUCCAGACAAUGUAAAGGGGAAAGUUACCUUUGUCGGAACACUCGUGAGGAACCGAAUUACAUUCUGGGCUGCUGAUAACUACGCGACUGUGACGAUUGCAUGAUUUUUCUGCUGCAAGUCAGAAACAGUUUGGCGAGUCUAAAUAAUAAAUUUUCAGAGUUACAUUCCAUUUAGAUUUUAGAAAUUAAACUCGGAAAAAUUAUUGUAUUGGUCAAUGAAAAACAAAUGAUGUUCGUAUCGGAAUCAAGUGUACAUUUGUGCUUUCUAUAAAGUUUUAUAUAUAAAAAAUGUAAAUACAAAUACGUUAAAAUAACAAUUUUAUAUCAAACAAAA